AUGCCCCCGCCACCGAGACACAUGCCCCCAGGGCCACCACCAAGGAGUGGUGCCCCUGGAUCGCUGACUGGCCCUACCUCGGGACCGCCGGCUGGCUACAUUCUGCGACCUCCAGUUGGUCCCGCUCCUGCCCCUGUAAAGUCGCACAUGCAGCGGGCCUACGAGCACCUCGACAAUGACGAGUCGGAGUCAGAGCCGUCCACAACAGAUGACGACAAUGAGCCCACCAACGCCGAGGUCCAGCGGCUCAACAAGCAGCACCAGAGGAACCGCGGCCCAAUGAACUUGCCCAGGCAAGGAGUAUCGAGGAGCGACGACAAGGGGAAGAUAGUGCCAUGGCCAUCGGACACCGAUAAUGAUGUCUCGCUGGCCCCGCACAACUGGCCUGAUACGUUCCCCUACCGAUCAACACGCAGCCAUGAAAGGCGACCAAGUGGUACAACUUUGUACCCCAGUGACCGACCUCAUCUGGUAGAUGCAGCAAGAUGGACACUUGACCGUGUCCCAUGGCAUGAUGAACCUGCUCAUGUCAUGGCGAUGUCACAGCAGCUCUGGAGUGAUAUAUCCGCCGAUGGUUCCACCUCCCAGCCGGAUGACCAACCCCACCAGCUCAUCGACAUUCGACAAGUGGGUGGCGUGGUAUGCACAGAACCCGAGCCAGGUUCACUGGGCUGUUAG